UCCCACAAUGCCCAUGAAUUUCCUUUUCCGUCGGCCAUACUUCAGCCUAAACCAUGAAGACGUUGGUUUCAGGCCAGUUUGUCAAAAUCCCAGAUAAUGUGGAGGUUAAGGUCCACUCCUGCAAGGUAAUGGUGAAAGGACCGCGUGGCACCCUGCGUCGUGACUUUCGCCAUUUGGCAGUGGACAUGAAACUGGUCAGCAAGUCCCUCCUACGUAUUGACAAGUACUUUGGUACCCGCAAGGAGCUGGCAGCAGUCACCACAGUCUGCUCCCACAUUCUCAACAUGAUCAAGGGAGUCACUAAAGGUUUCCAGUACAAGAUGAGGUCUGUGUAUGCUCAUUUCCCCAUCAACAUCAGCAUCCUAAAUGGAGGCAAGAAUGUGGAGAUUCGUAACUUCUUGGGUGAGAAAUAUAUCCGAGCUGUCGCUAUGCAGCCAGGCGUGAUAUGCACUGCCUCCUCGGCGCAGAAAGACGAGUUUAUUCUGGAAGGGAAUGACAUUGAAUUGGUCUCAAGAUCAGCUGCCUUGAUCCAGCAGUCCACAAAAGUGAAAAACAAGGAUAUCAGGAAGUUUUUGGAUGGUAUCUAUGUUUCAGAGAAAGGAACUGUUGUGAAGGAUGAAUAAAUUAAUAACAAAGUGAAGUGAAUCAAGUGUUGUAAAAAAAAAGAAAAAAAGACUAUUAAAGAAUUGUGUAUG